CGGAGGGAAACGCUUAAGCGAGAGGGCAGCAGACUUCUACUAAAGUCCUGGAUGAUUAACCGCCAUAAAAUAAAAAAGAAACCAAAGCUACGGGCGGUAUUCCAAACGUUUUUUUCUUUCUUUCUUACUUUCACUUUCAUAGUAACCGCCAAAUUAUACUCAAACAGAAAUUCAUGUCAAAGACGACGGAAGAAAGAAGUGUGUGUUUUUUAAGCGUAUUUUGCGACACAUUUAAAGUUGACAGUCGAAAGCGAUGUUUUCGUGGACGUAUCAAUAAUUAUUACCCAGUGAAGUUUUUCCUCAGUAGCAGGAACGGAUGUGAAUACGAUGGCAGAAGAUCAGCAGUCCACGCUGGUCCACAAUUUUUUGGAGCCGUCUUUAAAAGGUUUCCAACCAGAAAGUGACAAGAAAGUCAUGUCGUUGGGGGAGACAAAGGUGGAGGCGAUGGCGACUCUUAUUGAGCUGCUUUUGGAAACUGUGAUGGAUUUGACUUCCUCAGAGUUCGCACAUUUUCAGCAGUCCCUCCUGGAUAAAAUCAAGCUCAGCAGACCCUCCCCCGACUUCCCAUUGAGGCUGCUGAGCAGGAGAGACAAGCAGGACACCGUGUUUUUGAUGGUGCUGAUCUACGGCCAACAGUCUUUGACGGAGCUCAAGGAGCAUUUAAAAUAUUUCCGGUGGACCAAUCUGGUGAAGAAAUGGCCUCAAAGCAGCCCGGGACCCAAAAAGAAACAUUCCAAAAUAGAGCGAUCUGCACUAAUCCAGAAAGUAGCAACAAUGGCGGCAGUGAAACAGGUGCUUUUGGAAACCCUCACUGGUUUUAGGAACGAGGAGCUCCAGAAAUUCAAGGAGCUCCUGGAGUCGACGGUCUCCCAGAAGGAACUCCGAGGGAUCUGGUGUGGAUCGAGUGGCGCUGCGGACACGGUGGACAAGAUGUUGCAGACUUACGGCCGCCGCUCUCUGGGUUUAUCGAGAGAGGUCGUGGAGAAAAUGAACAGGAGCGAUCUGAUGCAGAAAUUGUCCGCGGCCAGCUUAGGACUCACAGAGGAACCCUCUGUGGUAGAACAUCAAGCUGCACCGUCAAAGAAAAGAUUAAAAACAUCAGCGGUGAGACUGAGUCUUCUACCAAAACUCAAAGCGUUGAGUAUCGAGGAGUUUGAGAAAUUCAAGUGGCUGCUGCAGUUCACGUACUUCAAGAAGAGUCUCCUUAACAUCUCAUGGAGCAAACUGGAAUGGGCAGAAACGGCAGCUCAACUGGUAGAGCUGAUGGAGGAGGAGCCACAGUGUCUUGAGGUGACCGAGGAGGUUCUAGUGGACAUGAGCAGGGUCGUCCCAGAGGAGACGUUGCCAGGGACCAGCUCGGGACUCAAAGAGACUCAAUCGAAGUCAUGGUCUGAAACAUUUCCUGAUGUCAGCUCUGCUCCGAGCACAUCACGACUAUCUCGUCAGCAGAGAUUAAGAAAGAAGAAGAACCUGCCGUCGAUUAUCAGGCGGUUAAAAACGGCGACCGGCGACCAGCCGUCUGUGGAGGUGACCAAGGAGGUUUUAAAGGAGAUGGAAUCGGCACAGAGUUCAUCUGAAACCAGCUCAGCAUCCAAAGGGCCUUCGGGAAGUUGUGAAAGCAUCAGCAAGGACUCUGUUAAAUGGACUCAACGGGAACCUGAAGUGAAUACAAAAGGUACCGAUGGGGCUCCUACUUACAGCCUGCAGUCCGAAGCAGGAAGCUUUGAAUGCAGCGUCUCUGGCUUGCGCUGGAUCUGUAAGGGAAAGAUCAGCUUUAAGUACCAGUUUGUCUACAUGGGCUCUUGCGAAGUAUUAAUGGAGAGGAUCCCAAGCCUGCAAUACAUGCCUGCAGGUCCCCUGAUGGACAUCACAGUGGUUACUGGGAAGUUUGAUGAAGUGUACCUGCCUCACUGGAUCUGCAUCGACAACAAUCCAGAGAUAUUGGACAAGUUUGCAGUCCUACACACAGAGGACUGUGGACUUGUUGUGGAAGAAGUGUCUCAGGUCACAUCGUCUCAUGUGAAGCUGUCUGAGCCCGUUUUCUCUCUAAAAAUGGUCCUGGUGAGAUGGGGCAUUCCAGUCGAAGUUAACUGUAACGUGUUGAUAUACAAGACCAACACGGCCUUCCUCACGCUCCAUGUGUACCUGAUCCCACGUGAUCCGGGUCUGCUGCAGGAAUUGGACAGGAGGAUGUUAUCCAAUGGAUACAAAGUCAUCCAAAAGCCACACCCAGAGAAGUCCCUGAAAAUGAAGGAUCGUUUCAUCUUAACUGCAGAUUUGCAAGGAGCAGAAAUUUAUCCCGAGACCUUAAUGCUCAGGUACGAAUACACACACCCAAAUUUCUUCGAAGUGUUUUUUGAGAAUCCAGAAACAAACUUCAGACUGAAGCUUUCAAACGAAAAUGAGCGGCAAGCGGUGUGGAUUAUUAUCAAUAAGUGCAAUUUUGAUUGCAGAGCGUGGUCAGACUUUGUGGAUGAACACAGACUUGCGCUGGUCGACAGAGUGAGCAACGUUGGGGCCAUUUUGGAUGAACUCCUUGCCAAAGAAGUUGUCUCCCAGGGGAGUUAUGAUGAAAUCAUGAAAAUCACUACCAGGAGGGAUCAGAUGAGGGAGCUCUACUCUGGUCCACUGAACGCUGCUGGACGUCGCGGCAAAGAAGUCUUCUACAAAAUCCUCAAGGAAAAGGAGAGAUUCCUCAUGGAUGAUCUCAAUAGAAAUCGAUGA